AUGAAAACUCUUGACCGACCUGAGGAUUAUCAAUAUCAAGAUUACAUAGAGUAUCCGUUAAAUGCUAACCUCGUAGAAGAAAACUUUAACGAAGAAAGUGAUUCUAAAAAGGCAUCAGUUGAAUGGUUUGGUUAUUGGUGUCAUCGUCAACAACAACGGCGUUAA